AUGCUCGCACAGGUUUGGUUAUUAUCUUUAGGCUAUGUUCUUACGACAUUUUUAAGCGCCGUUGGCGUUGCCGCCCAAGGUUCGGUCACUAAGACUUUGGAGCCGGCCAACAUUGAUGGGUUAGACCCAAUGGCACAGGAAACAGAGGUUGUUUAUGUGCAACCUAGUGCCACCACGUUUACCGUUGGCGAAGUUUUCCUCGCUAACGCUACUUCCUCCUUUGAAUCUGAUGUUGAAUCUGCUACUGCUACUGCUCCUGCUUCUGGUAGACCUUCGCGUGUAUCAGCACCUUCUAACAGUCCUCUGUCACUAGCCAGCCCAACCAUGUAUGUUAAUACUACUUGCGCUUCUUCUUCUUCGUCAUCUGUUGAUGUUGAAGCUACUAUUAGUUCUGUUUUCGCUGUUACUACGCUGCUGACAAAGUCCAAAAGUACAUCCACUUCUAUGAUCUUUUCUACUACCAAGACUUUGGCUCCAUCUGUGACAGCAGGUACAACGGUUACUACUAUCCAAACGAAACCACAACCUCUAGUUACACAGGCAAUGGUUUCAUCUCAACAAUCGGUUACCGUCACUUGGGCUACCCUAGUUUCUGAUGUCGUCGUUGCCCCAACUGGUCUGACUUCAACUCAAGUAAACUCAAUGACAACUUUUGUUGUCACUUCUUUGGUUACUUCUCCUCACGCAAGUGCCAAAUCAUCCCCUAGUGCAAACCCUACUGCUGCUGUGUACAGAAAUUCCACCACCACUAGCAUCGAUAGUACUGAUAUUGCAUCUUCUAACCGCUACAACUCCACGUUGUCAUUGCUAAAUUCAAGUUUCUUCACCGAAGUUACAGUGGUUUCCACUACCCAGGUCCCAACUGUUGUACCAACCAACUCAGCUACUCUGGUUGACCUUUUCGUUCCUGUUGCUACCAGUGAACCAAAUUCCGUCUUCCAACGUGUUCAAAACCCAUUGAACCUUGCUUCCGGUGUUGACAACGGCAAUACUCCAUACGAAACUAACAAGUUCUACACGAACUUGAUCGUUGGCUCCCAGGAAUCAGGUGCCUUUGUAUACCCAUACGUUAUAUUCAAAAACACCAACGGUAUUGGAAUCCAACACACCAAGGCUUCCCAACAAGUCGUGUCUUCCACAUCUUUGGUUAACCCAUUGGGUAUCUCAUCCUUCAUUGUUACCAGUGCCGAAUUCGCGUCUGGUUCUAGCAGUAUGAACUUCAAAGUCACAAACAUGUUCCACAGUAGUUGUGAUGUUCAAAUGGUGUCCUCCAACGAUGCAUCUGAUUAUAUCGAGUCCCCAUUGGUUCAAGGUAUGGGUUUCGUUUCUUCUAUUUUCCACGGUAAGCUAACUCCACAAUUGCAAUCAUCUGUUGGCUUCUCUACUUUGUCACAAGAAACCUCCGAAAACUUAGCUACUGGUAUCUUGAAGUACCGUGUUACUUUACUCAACGGCGUUGAUUGGUUGGUCUACGUCACUCUUCCUUCUUCUCUAGCUAGUAACCAAGUGUCGCUAGCCAUCAACAACGGUGAUAUUCAAUUCACCCUCAACAAUGGCAAUGCUUACGGAGAUGGAAUGAUUAUUCAGAUCGCAGAGGCUCCAAACGAUUCUGCAUCCGAGACCUACUAUGACUCUGCAGCUGGUAUGUACUUGAAGAGCAUGGAUCUUUCUGGUACUAGUGAUGGUAACACUGCCAAUUUCAAAUUCUCAUAUGAAACCGAAGGUACUUCUGCCAGCGGUGCCACUGUCAUUUUCACACUUCCACAUCACUCCAAGUCUCUAACUUCGAACAUGCAACAGGCUAAUACCGGUAUCGAGAUUGCCUCUACCACUAAGGGUAACAUGACCGGGUUCCUAACCACCGAGUUGGAAUUUGAAACACAAUUAAACGCCAAUGUCAACUGGCUACCAUGGUCCGAACAAAAGGGAUCCAACGCUUUGACAUACACCAGUGAUCAAUUGCAACUUCUUGCCCAAGUCGCUAAUGAUGAAUUGCAAGUUAACAUUAAGCAAUCGAUCCAAGGUUUGAACACAUACUAUUUGGGUAAAGUGUUGGACAAAUAUGCCUUCAUCUUGUUAACUGUCAGUGACAUCAUCAAGGAUUCCACUGUCGCUAAGCAAACACUUGAACUCAUGAAAGAAGCAUUCGCUGUUGUUGCCGCUAACCAACAGCUCUACCCCUUGGACUACGACACCAAGUAUGGUGGUAUCAUUUCUAGCGGUGAUCUAGCAUCGACCUCAACACAAUACGAUUUCGGUAACACGUACUAUAAUGACCACCACUUCCAUUACGGAUACAUCAUCCAUGCUGCUGCUGUCAUUGGGCAUGUUGACCAACAAUACGGUUCUGGCGACUGGGCUUCCGAAAACAAGGAUAUUGUCGAGGCCUUGAUCCGUGAUGUUGCAAACCCAUCAUUAUUAGACACAUAUUUCCCACAAUUCAGAAGUUUCGAUUGGUUCAACGGUCACUCAUGGGCUGCCGGUUUGUACGAGAACGGUAACGGUAAGAAUGAAGAGUCCUCCAGCGAGGACUACCAUUUCGCUUACGGUAUGAAGCUCUGGGGUGAAGUUACCAACAACGAAUCUAUGAACCGUCUAGGUUCAUUGAUGUUGAACAUCUUGAGAGACAGUAUGCAGGACUACUUCUUAUACACAGAUGACAACACAGUUGAACCAUCAUUAAUCGUUGCCAACAAGGUCAGUGGUAUUCUCUUUGACAACAUCAUCGACUACACUACUUACUUCGGUACCAACACAGAAUACAUCCAUGGUAUCCACAUGUUGCCUCUAACUCCUGCAUCAGGAUUGAUUAGAUCUACUGAGUUUGUGCAACAAGAAUGGAACGAGAAGCUAGCAUCAAUAAUAGACAGCUUGCAAUCUGGCUGGGCGGGUAUUCUACGCUUGAACCAGGCAUUGUUCGACCCUAAAUCUUCCUACGACUUCUUCUCCCAGAGCAAUUUCGACAGCACCACCUACCUCGACAACGGUAUGAGUCGGACCUGGGCACUAGCUUACGCUGGUGGUUUGCAGUCAUAG